AUGGUUUCGAAUGGAAAUGAGUCUCAAACUGCUCCCAAGAAGCAAACCUUCAAGAGAGGUUACAAGGCCUGUUUGAACUGCAAGAUGAGAAAGGUGAAAUGUGAUCUAGGUCCAUUUGAUAACCCACAUGGGCCACCUUGUGUCAGGUGUAAAAGAGAGAGCCGAGAAUGCAUGUUCACUGAGACAAAACGUGGUGGAUUUAGAGUUGCUAAGCAGAGUUUAGUUAGUUUAAAAGAAGAAAGUGCUGGCAAAUCAAUGGCCGAUGUGAUAACCAGCGUGAUACAAGGUCAGACUUUGAAGAAAGAAUUAGAUACAGAUUUGGAUAGGCUUCAAACUCAUACAAAAGAUGAUAUUUCUAUCAAUACAGACCCCCCUACUUUACAGAAUGCGUUUUAUUUCCUAGCCAAAGCAGCUGGAUCUGUAGCGAAAGAAGACUUGAGAGAUCAGGUCGAUGCAGCAACAAAAUAUGAUGAAAUCGAACCGACAGAUGCUGUUUCGAGGCAACCUUCUGUAUCGAGCUACGGAAACAAACAGGCAACUGGUUCUAUGGAGCCCUCAUCCAUACCGAAAAUGCUUACUGACUCAUACGUCACUUCUUUCGUGGAACCAGAAGGGCAAAAACCUGGUACGAUACCGUUGAUAGAGAAGCUCAGUAGCGUUAGACCAAAACCAUCCAUGAAACUAGGGGAUAUUGAAUAUAUUGGGCCAUAUCAACUUCUCACAGAGGCAGAAGCUAGAAAAAGGAUUGAUGCUUUUUUCCUUACUAUGCAUCCUUUCUCACCUUACAUACCGCUACAACUGCAAGAUGCUGAUGAGCUAGCUAGAUAUCCUUUGUUAUUAUGCACCAUUUUAACAAUAUCCGCUCGUUAUCACACUUUACAUGAUUUAGGAUUAAACGAGAUUGAUAAUACUGUUCAUGUUGAACUACAUGAAAGGCUCUGGAUUUACUGUCAACGGCUGGUUUCUCAAACUGUGUGGGCUGAAGCCAGCACACGUUCGAUUGGUACGAUUUUGGCUUUUUUGAUCUUUACAGAAUGGAACCCUAGAGCUAUUCAUUGGAAGGGGUCAGACUACGCUAACUAUCCUGAUAUUAGUGACUUACCAAAACGCCCUUCAUCACAAACUUCGCAACCACAAGGCAGCGAUUCUUUAACUGGUCUUGCUGCCAUGCGUAGAAGUGAUAGGAUGUCUUGGUUGUUAACUGGUAACGCAGUACGAUUGGCACAAGAUUUAAACGUCAUCGAGUUCAGCUCCAAGAUAUUUGUAAUGACUCACAUAUGUGAAACUCACACUGCAAUGAAUCUUAACAAAAGAAGCUCGUUAUCGGAAUCAUUAUCCGAAGUGAGGUUGAACGGUUUCGAAGAUAAUGAUUUGGACAACGAACAAUUUUUCCUAGAGAGAAUUCUUCAGAAUGACAAGAGCAAAGAGCGAUGGGCGCGUUUUUUAGAGAGAGUUGGCGAAAGGAGUAAGAAAGGCAGCCUAACAGAUAUCGAAAGGGAGUUUUUAAACGAUGAAUACCUAUUAUAUCAUUAUAAUACUGAAAACCCUAAUACUCAGAGUGAUCCAGAAUUUCGUUUAAAGUUCUCAAAGAUUCAAAGAGGUAAAGUUGAAUUGUUAAAAAUCGUUUCGCUAGGUUACGAAAAUGUUUACAAUGGGAAGCUAAGUUCACAUGACAGACACCAACGUCUCUCGAUGCUUUCUGUUCUAUCUCCGUUGAUAGAAGGAUGGUAUAACAUAUACAAAUCGCUAUUGGUUCCUUGUGGAGGCGCAGCGUGUUCUAUAGCGAAGAGUUCUAAUAAAAGUUUUGUCUUUGAGAUGACAGAGAAAGUUGAGCAUGAAUCUCUUAUCAGCGAUUACUAUUACUGUCAAUUAUACAUAUAUUCGUUAGCUCUCCAAUGGGAUCACCAGGACACAAGUACAUCGAAACUGCGACUAAAUGAGAUCACUAAAAGUGCUAGAUACGUUGAACUCGCCUAUAAUGCAGCUAAGGAAAUCUUGAAUAGUGCACAACGGGUUCACAAACUGAAGAUGUUGAAAUAUAUGCCUGUGAGAUGGGUCAUGCGGAUAGUGAGAUCAAUUGUGUUCAUGAUAAAAUGUUACUUAACUCUCACUGGGAACGGUAUCACUCAAAAUCCUGAAGCCAACACCAUUUUGACAAUGAGUGUAUUACCAACUGACGAAAUAAUUCAAACGAUUCAACGAACAGCCAUAAUUCUUAGAGCAGCUGCACCAGACGAAUUACAUUUGUGCAGCAGAUACUCGACAAUUUUAAUGUAUUUGUGCACUGAGAUGAAACAUAGGUGCAAGCCUAACAUGCAGCCUCCUGUACCACGUAGUAUUUCCAACGAUUAUUUGGACAAAACCAGCAAUCGAAGUGAAAAUGUCGCGGACAAUUCUGCCAGGCAUUUCUCAGUAGGAGGUUAUCAAGUUUCAGAUACAGCAAAUGUAUCCUCGUCGCCAUUUAUCAACAAAGGUACAAAUGUUAGAUUUGGCAGUACAGAGUACAAGCAACAAGAAACUACAAAUGAUGAACAACAACGGCCAGACACUUUUACGGUAGACUCUGCUCUUGGUGUUGCUAGCAUUAACAGUGCACCUCCAGCGCCAGUACCAGAACCAGCGCCAGAUACUAACCCCGCUUCUGCCAUAAAUACUGGGCCAAACAGUUCUGGAGGGUAUCUUCCUCCUCAACUUGUCGAUUGGUUUAACGAUAAUAAUGAAAUUGGUUUAGAUUUCGUUGGACCAUGGACGGAAAUGGUAGAGAAACAAUUCGUGAACAAAGUAGACGACUCUUCCUACGAAAAUUGGUUUAAUGAUUUCUAUACCCCACCAAAAUAG